AUGAGUCCGGGCUAUGACAACUCAUUCAUCGUUUGGGUCUACCAAAACACACCCGUCAAGGUCGGAACAAUGUCAGGAUACCGCGCUACACUCCGGUGGUACUACAAGCGGGAAGACGUUGCGAUGCCAGUGGAGAAUGCUCCGUCUAACUGCAACUGA